AUGAAGUACACUGCUUCCGUGCUACUGGCCUCUGCAGGCUUAGCCACUGCCCUCAUUCAGCAAUGCAGCAGUCGCGAGGCCGUCGACGAAGGCGGCAACUGGUUCUGUGGUGCCGUGGACCAGAUCCUCUACGAAGGGAUCCAAGGCAAAGGCAGUUUCAAGGCAGUAACCGAAAUGAGCGAUGCCGGAGAAUGUCUUCAAAAAGAUCAGUCCUACCGCGGACCAUUGGCUCCAUUGGACCAAGAUCUCUCUGUUCAUUUCCGAGGACCUCUUGAACUCAGGCAAUUCGCCGUCUACAACCUCGCUUCAAACCAGAAGCGCAACCAGAUCGAUCUUGAAGUCGGCGUUGAUAAAUCUGGCCCCGAGACAUCCAAGAUCUCGGCACGACAUAGACACGGCCACCGGUUUUUACACCGUGCUCAGCGGGACAAGCGAGGUGACAUCGUAACUGCUACCAUCAACGGCAAGGUUGUGACAUGGGAGAACGACUACUUUGGUCCUACUGCCGCACCCAACCCUGUCCCGGCCCCGGCUCCCAAGGUCCAGGCCGGCGCAGGCGCUGCUGCUGUGAAGGAUAAGGAUGCUGAUGCCGAUACCACUGCUACUACGAGCAAGAAGCCUGCUGACAAGAAGCCCACCGACAAGAAGCCCAGCGGCAAGCCUGCCCCCUCGGGAUCUGACUGGGAUCGUGUGGCUUAUUACAACGCUGUGAAGCAAGUUUCCGAGAACAUCGUCUUCAUGGGCAACCACGGCGGCCAGGGUUCCGGGGUUUUCGACACUGUCUGGGGCCUUUCCCUCUCGUAUCUCAACUCCACCGGCACCGGCGGCGCCUCGUCCCCGGAAAUCCUCGAAAACAUCCUGAUCCCCUCCAACACAGAAUUCUCCAUCUUCUCGGCGGAAAAGUGCGACGGCAGCUGCGGCUUCUCGCGCGUCCCCUCGAUCGCGUACAAGGGCUUCGGCGGCGCCAACAAGGUCUUCCUCUUCGAGUUCAAGAUGCCCUCGGACGGGACGCGCUGCCCGGCCGGCACGCGGCCCGGGUCCCCCGGCUGCGCGAACCCCGACAUGCCCGCCGUCUGGGCCCUCAACGCCGCCAUCCCCCGCGCCGCCCAGUACAAGGGGUGCUCGUGCUGGGGCACCGGCUGCGGCGAGCUCGACAUCUUCGAGGUCCUGGCCCCCGGGGACUCCAAGUGCAAGAGCACCUUCCACAUGGCCAACGGCGCGGGCAGCUCGGAUUACUUCAAGAGGCCGACGGACGAGUACAUCAAGGUGGCUACCGUUUUCCACGAAGAGACGGCCAGUGUAUCGAUUAAGAAGCUGUCGGACGAUGUGGACUUUGCAAAGGGCCUCGAUGACGAGACUGUGCUGUCGUGGUUGAACAGGCCGACGGAUGACAAGGCGCUCAAGCUGAGCAGCUUGUUCCAGCUGUCGAGCUGA